AUGAAGCCUUACUUCUUGUUAGGGAGCCUUGACACCAAGACAGUUCUUUUCGACGAAACUCUCACUCCCCGCUCGUCGAGGUACGAGUCUUCAAGACGAUGCAAUACAGUAUACAGUCCGUCUGAUAACUCUAUCACUCACACAGUCUUUGUGGGUCUUUACAAUUCACCCAAGCGGCAAACCAAAGACGGAAACACACAUAUCUCAAGGACUACUGAGAUUAAUACCUUCAAGUCACAGCUUGCUAGACGCCAGCCACAGAAGCCGUUGGCAAGAUCUACAUGGAGAGGUCCUCUCCAGCAAAGCGUGAAAGUUCCCCAGGCAGGGGCGACAUCCAUCGAUGUCCUUGGAACAGGUGGUGGCAAAGAAAAUAUCCCACCUGGGAUUUCCGUCAAUACCAACAGCAAAAGCAAAAACAAAUUGGAAAAUCAUGUGCCUAUGCCUGAAAGGGCCCGCCUAGGCGUACAAAAUACAACUUGCGAAACACGCAUAACAAUGAAGCCUAAAGAAGCGCGAAAAGAUCUACCGACACGAGUGGCUCUAGGUAAAACCCAAGGGAACGUUAUCAGAGUCCCAAGAAAGAUAGAGCAUUCACCGCCGGUUGACAGUGCUUGGGCCUCAGCCUUAAAACGUGCAUUCUCUGCCAUUGUUAUUCAACGGACAUGGCGAUCAUUUAAAGAACGACGGAAUAAGCAGACGUGUGCUAUAGCGACUGCCAGGGCAUGUGAGGUAAUUGCUCGAUGGUGGCGGGGCGUCAAAGCCUGCAAGCUACAAGAGCAGAUACAGCAGGUGAAGCUGAAGCAGUGCACUGAAGAAACACCUCGACAAAAAUUUCCUGGUCAGAGAUCGUCUGUUCGCCGGAGCCACCGAAAUUCUGGCCGCCGAGGCAUUCGGCGCCUCUGA